AUGCUGCAGCAGCAGCAGCAGCAGCUUCACGGGUGGGCCCCCAGCAGCAGCAGUAGCCGCAGCACCAACAGCAACAGCAGCAGCAGCAGCAACAGCAGCAGCAGCAGACCCUGGGACUCCAGCUGCUGGCGCAUGCACGGCAGCAGCAGCAGCAAACGCUGCAGCAGCAGCAACAGCGUGGUGCUGCUCACAGAGCCUUCUACCAGGGCAGACUCAAGUCCAGCAGCAGCAGCAGCAACAGCAGCAAGUAGUGCUGCUGCAGCUUUCUGCGGCCAUAGUGUGGCCUGCAGUCCUGGAGAGACACCAGCAGGAGCAGCAGCAGCAUCAGCAGCAGACAGGACGCCUGGAGGCCGCCACCACCGCAGCAGCAGCAGCAGCAGCAGAAACGGGAGAGAUAGCAGCAGCCCGCUUAGUGCCGCUGCUGCUGCAUACUUUGCUGCAGCUGCAGCAGAUGACGCAGCAGCAGCAGCAGCAGCAGCUUCAACUCCACGGACGGAUUCACCAGCAGCAGCAUUAGCAGCAGCAGCAGCAGCAACAGGGACGGCACCCACUAGCAGCAGCAGAACGCGACUGAUAAUCAAGCGCAGUCACUUUCCUGCUGCUGCUUCUGCUGCUGCUGGUGCCCCGUCUGCUGCUGCUGCAGCUGCUGCUGCUGCCUUUCCUGCAGCACUCGAUGCUCCUUCUGCUGCUGCAUUAGCUGCAGAAGGGAGAGUGAAGAGAGCAGCAGCAGCAGCUGCUGCUGCUGCAACACAGACAGCAGCAGCAGCCCUUCGGCUGCUGCCGUUCUUGAUGCCUUUUAAAGAAGCACAGCAGCAGCAGCAGCAGCAGCAGACGCUAGAUGAGCAGCAGAAGUGGGCGGGUCGGCUGCAGGAACUGCAGCAGCAAAAGAAACAGAAGCAGCAGCAGCAGCAGCACCAGAAGCAGCAGCAGCAGCAGCAGCAGAAGCCAGCGUCUCAAAUCUGCAAAGCCGAAGCCUCCAAAUUGCUGCCUCUCUUCCACCGGAGGUGGGCUACUGCAGCGUGCACUGCAGCUGCAGCAGCAGCAGCAACAGCAGCAGAAGAAGAAGCUUUUGCGCUGCUGCAUGCAGACUUGCUGGACCUGAAGUUCCACUGGUGGCGGGCGGUUGCUGCUGCUUGGCAGCAGCAGCAGUUGCCGCUGCUGCAGCAGCAGCUGCUGCUGCUGCAGCAUCCCCAGCCGCAACCCCAGCAGCAGCAGCAGCAGCAGCAGCAAGUGUACUCAGCCUGGAUCGACUGCCUGACUUCAACAACAACUUCCUUUUUGCCUGCUGCUCGCGAUCUGCUGCAGGGAGCAGCAGCAGCAGCAGCAGCAGCCGACAACCAGCAGCAGCAGCAGCAGCAAGGGGGAAGGAGUGCUUUGUGGCAGUGGCUGUGGGGCGCUGGGGAAGCCUUCGGGUUUUGCUGCAGCAGCAGAUUUGCUGCGCUGCAGCUGCUGGAGGCCUAUGCUGCCCACCCGAACUUCCCCUUCAGGUGUACAUGCAGCAGCAGCAGCAGCUGCUGCAGGUGCUGCAGCAACAGAGAGCUUGCGCUGUGUUCUGCUGCUGCGCUGCUGCUGGCUGCUGCGCUGCGGUGCCACUGGCGAGACCUUGCUGCGGACCAGUACCUGCUGCAGCUGCAGCAGCAGCUGCAGCAGCAGCUGCAACAACAACAGCAGCAGCAGCAGCCGCAGCAGCAGCAGCAGCAGUUCUUCACCGUGGAUGACGUGAUCAUGGUGCAGGCAGAUAUGCUGCAGCUGCUGCAGCCUUGUCUGUGGCUCUCCAUCACCCCAGCUGACAGUUUGCUGCUGCAUCUUGCUGCUCUGAGGGACUUUCCGCUGCUGCUGCAGCACAUGCCGCAGGCGCAUGCUGCUGCUGCUGCUGCUGCUGCUGCUACUGCUGCUGAGAGCACAUCUGGAGCAGCAGCUGAGGACGGCAUCUUCACUUCAGAGAAUAGUUGUGAGCUUAUGCUGCAGCAGCAGCAGCAGCUCGGGGGAUUCGUUAACAGCAGCAGCAGCAACAACAGCAGCAGCAGCAAUAGCGGGUGGACUUUGCUGUCGCUCUUCGACUUUCUUGUUGGCACGGGACUGCUCGCGUGCCUGCACGACCUGCUGCUGCGCUGCUGCUGCGCUGCAGCAGCAAACAACCUGCUGCAGCAGGUCCCUGGCAGCAAGCUGACGGGGGUGCUGCUGCUGCUGCUGCUGCGUCCUUACGCACAGCGCCCGCAGCAGCAGCAGCAGCUGCUGCUGCUGCAGCAGCAAAAGAACAAUGAGCUAAAGGUGCUGGAGUGGGAGCGUUGCUGCUGCUGCUACAUUUUGAAGUGUCGGUACGACUCAGAUAUUUACUUUUGGCGGCUGCUGCUGCAGCAGCCGCUGCUGCAGCUGCUGCAGCAGCAAGACAACCUGCUGCUGCGGCUGUGGGAAGAAGGCGCCGCCCAGUGGCACGCGCUGCUGCGCAGCAGCUGCAGCGCCUUCCGCAGCAGCAGCAGCAGCAGCAGCAGCGAGCCAGGGGAAGCUUCUGCUUCUGUUAGGAGACGGAGAAGGCAUACCAGCAGCAGCCGUUCGGCCUCAAUUGCUAGCCAGCAGCAGCAGCAGCAGCAGCAGCAGCAAAAUGUAGACUGGCAGCAGAAGCACCCAAGGACUAGGGGGCGCUUAUCUGCUGCUGAGGAUGCGACACCGAGUGCUCUGCCGCUGCAGUGGCGCCGCAGCAGCAGCAGCAGCAGAUAUUUCGAACAAUAUUACACGGCUGCAUCGGGGGCCCCUGAAGCGGACCCAGCAGCAGCAGCAGCUGAUGCAGCAGCAGCAGCAGCAGCUGCUGCUGCUGCUGACAGCGCUGCACGGCUCUCUCUGGGCCAGGAGAACAUCUGCCCCCGCCGCUUGAAUGCAGCAGCAGCAGCAGCCGCGGCAGCAGCAGCACCUGCAGCAAUUGCCAGCCCACCUUACCACGAAGGCUCUCGAGACCACCAGCAGCAGCAGCAGCAGCAGCAGUGGGCUGACUCCCAGCGUCCCCCAAAGCACCGGGUGUACAUGCAGCAGCCAUAA